CCGCGCGCCGCUUCCGUAGCCGCCCCGCGCACCGCCUAGGCGGCGUGCUCAUGCCCUGUCGGCUGCCCACGCUGCUCAGAGCCACCCGCGCCGCGCUGCUGCUACCCUCGCCGGCCCGAGUCGUCGCCGCGCCCGCCUCGCAGCGGCUCCUCAGCGUCCCCGCGCAGCCCGCCGCCUCCCGGAGCAGCAUGGACAGCGCCGAGGAGCUGCUGGCCCCACUGCGGCUAGCCGUGCGCCAGCAGGGAGACCUCGUGCGCAAGUUGAAAGAAGAUAAAGCCCCACAGGUGGAUGUGGACCGAGCAGUAGCUGAGCUCAAGGCCCGGAAGAGGGUUCUGGAAGCAAAGGAGCUGGCGCUGCAGCCCAAAGAUGACAUCGUAGAUAGAGCAAAAAUGGAGGAUACUUUGAAGAGGAGGUUUUUCUACGAUCAAGCUUUUGCUAUUUAUGGAGGUGUCAGUGGUUUGUACGACUUCGGGCCAGUGGGAUGUGCUUUGAAGAACAACAUCAUCCAGACCUGGAGGCAACACUUUAUCCAGGAGGAGCAGAUCCUGGAAAUUGACUGCACCAUGCUCACCCCUGAACCAGUUUUAAAGACCUCUGGCCACGUAGACAAAUUUGCUGACUUCAUGGUGAAGGACGUGAAGAACGGAGAGUGUUUCCGAGCUGACCACCUGCUGAAAGCUCAUUUACAGAAAUUGAUGUCUGAUAAGAAGUGUUCUGCUGAGAAGAAAGCAGAGAUGGAAAGUGUCUUGGCCCAGCUUGAUAACUACGGACAACAAGAACUUGGGGAUCUUUUUGUAAACUAUAAUGUAAAGUCUCCCACUACUGGCAAUGACCUGUCUCCUCCAGUACCUUUUAAUUUAAUGUUCAAGACCUUCAUCGGGCCUGGAGGAAAUAUGCCUGGAUAUCUGAGACCAGAAACUGCACAGGGAAUUUUCCUGAAUUUCAAGCGACUUUUGGAAUUCAACCAAGGGAAAUUGCCUUUUGCUGCUGCCCAGAUCGGAAACUCCUUUAGAAAUGAGAUCUCGCCUCGGUCUGGACUGAUCCGAGUCAGGGAAUUCACAAUGGCAGAGAUUGAGCACUUUGUAGACCCCACUGAGAAAGACCAUCCCAAGUUCCCGAGUGUGGCCGACCUCUCCCUUUAUCUGUACUCGGCGAAAGCCCAGGUCAGCGGACAGUCUGCUCGGAAGAUGCGCCUGGGAGACGCUGUCGAGCAGGGGGUGAUUAACAACUCAGUAUUAGGCUAUUUCAUUGGCCGCAUCUACCUCUACCUCACGAAGGUUGGAAUAUCUCCUGAGAAACUCCGCUUCCGGCAGCACAUGGAGAAUGAGAUGGCACAUUAUGCGUGUGACUGCUGGGAUGCUGAGUCUAAAACGUCCUAUGGCUGGAUUGAGAUCGUUGGAUGUGCUGAUCGUUCCUGCUACGACCUGUCCUGUCAUGCUCGAGUCACCAAAGUCCCACUAGUAGCUGAGAAACCUCUGAAAGAACCCAAAACAGUCAACGUUGUGCAGUUUGAGCCCAAUAAGGGAGCAGUGGGCAAGGCCUACAAGAAGGACGCAAAGCUGGUGAUGGAGUACCUUGGCGCCUGUGACGAGUGCUACAUUACCGAGAUGGAGCAGCUGCUGAACGAGAAAGGGGAAUUCACUAUUGAAACUGAAGGGAAAACAUUUCAGUUAACGAAAGACAUGGUCGGUGUGAAGAGAUUCCAGAAAACACUACACGUGGAAGAAGUUGUUCCGAGUGUAAUUGAGCCCUCCUUUGGCCUGGGCAGGAUCAUGUAUACCAUACUGGAACAUACAUUCCAUGUCCGAGAAGGAGAUGAGCAGAGAACGUUCUUCAGUUUCCCUGCUGUGGUUGCUCCAUUCAAAUGUUCUGUCCUUCCACUGAGCCAAAACCAAGAGUUCAUGCCAUUUGUCAAGGAAUUAUCGGAAGCUCUGACCAGGAAUGGCGUGUCUCAUAAAGUAGAUGACUCCUCCGGGUCCAUUGGAAGGCGCUAUGCGAGGACGGAUGAGAUUGGCGUGGCUUUCGGCAUCACCAUUGACUUUGAUACGGUGAACAAGACCCCCCACACCGCAACGCUGAGGGACCGAGACUCCAUGCGACAGAUAAGGGCAGAGGUCUCUGAACUGCCUGGUGUGGUCCGUGAUCUGGCCAAUGGCAGCAUCACUUGGGCUGAUGUGGAGGCCAGGUAUCCCCUCUUUGAAGGGCAAGAGACUGGCAAAAAGGAGACAGUAGAGGAAUGAGAACAGCUGGCAACUCGUGACGACUUGUGCUAAUGAAUAACUCAUCAUGUCCACUACACAGAGAAUUGUGAUUGCUUCCAGGGACUGUAUUUUUCCUCAGUGGCUGCCUGAUUUUACCCUCACAAUUAAAGUGGAAGGAAUUCUGAACAAAUUUA